CAGAGCGCCCCUGCAUUGCCUCUUUGUUCAGUCCAUAAUGGAACACCAGGAGGAUAGCAAGGAAAAGUGCCGGUCGCACGACUGGUGGGCCGAGUUCUGUCAGGACUCGGCCGUCCACGGCAUGCCGUAUUUGGCUAGGCGGGACCUGCACUGGGUGGAGCGCCUCUUCUGGCUGGCCAUGAUCCUGGCCUCGGCCUACUACGCCAUCAGCAGCUGCUACUCGCAGUGGGAGCGGUUCCGCAACAAUCCGAUUGUCUACGAGUACGAGUAUCUCUUCGCACUGCGCAACUUCACCUUUAUCGGGCUCACAUUCUGUACGACUUACGAGACGGAGGAGCAGGUGGCGAAGCUCAUCAGAGACACUUGGGCAGUGGAUCCCACUCAGGACCCCGCCAAGGCGGCUUACUACAAAGAGUUCCUUUAUGUGCUGAAUCGCUUGCGGUACAACAAUUUGGAGACCCUGAAGCCCUUCGAGAACGACACCACUCUGAGCAAUCUCGCCUAUGUGGACAUGCUGCUGGCGCUGCAGGAGAAAGUCCUGCCCAGUCCCAGGCCUGUCCUCAUGGCGCCUAUCAUCACGGAGGUGGGUCUCUGCCAGUCCACGAGCCAAUUGACGCGCUACGGCAAUCCCUAUGGCAGGCUAGAAACCCUGAACGUAACGCCUGUGCGGCAGUGCGGCUUCUUCAACGAAUGCCAGUUCAUGCACAAGCCCUUCAACAGCAUCCAGACCCAUGUGUUUCUGUAUAUGCACGAUGUCAAUGAACUGAUGCUGCCCCACGACCGACGCACCAUCACCUUCGAUGCCAAGACCAAGAGCUCCUACGUCCUCAAGCUGCUGAUCAGCUCCAUUUCGGCGGACAGGGAAGUGCGCAACCUGCCGGUGGCCUAUCGGAAGUGUCGCUAUCACGACGAGAACAAUCUCCGGUACUACAGCGUGAGUUUCCAUCAAGGUCGGCUCGUUCUUGAACGGGAUUCCCAAGCCCUGAUCUCUCUCUGUGUACAGCCCUACCAUCCGAGCCUGUGUCGUCUUGAGUGCCGCAUCAACUGGGCCCUGAGCAUGUGCCAUUGCAAGCCCUUCUUUUAUGCGGCUGCCCCACAGGCCCCCAUCUGCAAUGUGACCGGAAUGCUCUGCCUGGCCGAAUCCAAUUGGCUGGAAAGGCCCUGCCACUGCUUCUCCCUGUGUCGAGAGACAACGUACAGCAUCAUCGAGGAGUACGAACAGAGCGGAGGCGAUCAGAGCUACGUGGGCGAGCAGUUCGAGCGGACGAUCAUUAUUAAGCUGGAACUGCCCAAGAUGGGGAUGAAGCGUCGCGUGGUCUUCAGCACGGAUCAGCUGAUCAUGUCCUUUGGCGGAGCCAUCGGCCUAUUUCUAGGCGCUAGCUUCAUGACCUUCUAUGGUCUGAUACAUCUGUUCUUGCACUUUCUAGUGGUCCAAUGCAAAUGCCGGCCCAGGAUCCCCCUAGACCGUGCUCCGGAUGGGAAAAGAAAGUGGUUCACCUUUAGGAAGCCAUAA